AUGUUGGUGCUGUCUAACAACACAGCCCUGAAUUCACUCCUCUCCAAGCUACUUCAAGACCACCUGGAGCAGACAAAUAGCUCUGCACCUUCCCAGGUCAGAAGUGCCAGCAGCCACUUGGAAAUCAUCUACGUGCUGAUGAUGAUUGGCCUCUUUGGCUUCUUCACAGUGGGAGUCAUGCUGACCAACAUCCGCGCCAGGAGGCUGGAGGACUCCCACGACCCCUACAACACCUACAUUGCCACAGACAUUUGGCACAAGAAGGACAGGGAGUACUUUCAAGCCAAGCUCAUAGAAAAUUACAAACUGUGCUGUGUCUUUGAGAACAAGCUGGCCGUGGAGCAGCCAAACACACAGAUUCCCGAGGCGAAGUCUUCCUAG